ACCACCUUGGGCUUCGGAAGAGCUCCCACCACCCCGCCCCCAAAACGCUCUCCUUGCUCCUUUCCUCCUCCCAGUUUUUUUUCUUUUGUUUUUUUUUACUCUGAAAAAAUAAUAUAUGGCAAUAAACUCUACUAUUUUGGAAGGAAAAGAAUAAGAUUUCCAUUGUCCCCUUGAGGGUUUGGUUUCUUUCUGCAGCCAGAAACAAAGGCAGCUAACCAUAGGAACCAGAAAGUGAGAGACCCCAGCAAAAACUUAAAGAAGGUCCCAACUACUCUCUAAUGGAGGACUAUCCAAACCAGAGCCUUCUCCAGCUCCUGUUCUCGGAUGACUUGGGCCUGGUCCCAAACUACGGAAGGAGAUGGUUGUUCUAUCCUCCGCAUCCCCCAGAACCGCUUCGGUACUGCCCCAAACCAAGAGAAAAAUUGGAUUUUUACCUCCUUUCCCAUCUCCCCAACUCCAUAGCUUUCUGAGGGACUCACUCCCAUUGUCCUCCUCCCAGCCCCCACCAUCCCCACCAUCCCCCAGCGGUAAAAUAAGCCCUGCAGUCCUCCUAAUCAUAGUAAUCCUGGCGGUGAUCUUCUUCAUCUCUGGCCUCCUCCACCUUCUGGUGAGAUUCCUCAUCAAGAAGCACCCAUCUGCUUCCUCUUCCAGCCACUCUAAUGGGCACCAGGCGGCGGCGGAGCUCUCGGGCUCGGAGGCCCUCCAGCGGCAGCUCCAGCAGCUCUUCCACCUUCACGACUCCGGCCUCGACCAGGCCUACAUCGACGCGCUGCCCGUCUUCCUCUACAAGGAGAUCGUCGGCGCCAAGGAGCCUUUCGACUGCGCCGUCUGCCUCUCCGAGUUUGCGGCCAAUGAUAAGCUCCGCCUCCUCCCCUUCUGCGGCCACGCCUUCCACAUCAUCUGCAUUGACACCUGGCUGCUCUCCAAUUCCACCUGCCCUCUCUGCCGGGGGGCGCUCUUCGUGCAGGGCCUGUCGAUGGAGAACCCAAUUUUCGAUUUUGAGGAGUCAAGAGAGGAGGGCGGCUUUGUAGGGGACCGGGAGGAUGGCUUCUCGGUGCCUGGAGGUCAGAAGCCGGCGGAGGUGGAGGAGAUUGCUGCUGAGAUGAGAGUGUUCCCAGUGAGGCUUGGGAAAUUUAAGAACCCGGGCGAUAGAGAUGGUGGUGCUGGUGGUGAUGAUGUCGAUGGUAAUGGCAAUGUUAGAGGUAAUGUGAGAAGAGAGGAAGGAGAGAGCAGCAGCAGUAGUUUGGAUGCAAGGAGAUGCUACUCCAUGUGCUCUUAUCAGUAUGUUCUCGGGGAGGCAAAUCUCCAAGUGUCUCUCUGCACUGGCUCUUCUAGGAUUGGAAAUGGUAAAGGGGUCCGGGGAAGGGGAGCUUGUGGAAAUUCAACAAGCCAUGAGGUUUGGGAGGGGAAGAGGCUAGGGAUAGCUAGCAAAGGUGAAAGCUUUUCAGUGUCAAAGAUCUGGCAGUGGUCUAACAAGAAGGAGGGGAAGCUCCCAAUCUCUUCAUUUGCUUCCUCUGUGAACGGGGGAUUGCCAUUGGCUAGGAGAGGUGUUGGCGAUACAUGAAACAUGCAUGUACUGUGAUUAUUGUUGUUGUCUUCUCUUCUCUUCUCUUUUCCUUUUUUUUUUUUUUGAAGUCUCAGUUGUGGUUAUUCAACCUCAGCAUCAAAAUUCAUAUUUAUCCCUUCUCUUUGCUUUGAUUUAUUUAUAUUUCUUUGCA